AUGAUGAUGAUGGCGGCUAUUGAUGACAAGAUAGGUGAUCGGUAUAAAAAGAUCAAGGUGUUGGGCAAAGGGAACUUUGGCCAAGUCUUUCUAGCAGAAGAGAUCAGCACCAAGAAAAAGGUGGCGAUAAAAGUAGUCGACACCACACGAUUCAAGAAUGAAGAUCAAAGACAGCAUGCAGAGAACGAGACGGAAAUUUGUAAACUGCUAUCAAAAGACUUUCAGCACCAGCAUAUUGUCAAUGUAGAUCAAGUCAAAGUCGAAAACAAGUGUAUUUAUUUCAUUUUGGAAUAUGUGGAGGGUGGCGAGCUCUAUGAAAGAAUCAAAUUGGAGGGAAAGAUUGACGAGCCACAAGCAAAGAUAUGGUUUCGAGAAUUAAUUAGUGCGGUUGCAUAUAUUCACAAGCAUGGCAUUGUACAUCGUGACCUGAAGCCAGAGAAUGUUCUCUUGGAUAAGCUAGGAUCCAUCAGGUUAUGCGAUUUUGGGUUUGGAAAGAUGUUUGAUGCCACUAAAUUACUCGAUACGUAUUGCGGAAGUCCCUUUUAUGCAGCACCUGAAAUGGUCACUGCCACACCCUAUAGAGGUCCCCCUGUCGACAUGUGGAGCUGUGGAGUCAUUUUGUAUGCAAUGUUAACUGGUCAAUUACCAUUUCAUUGUGAUACCAUGCCAGAAUUAUUCAAGAAAAUUAGCUUGGCACAGUACUCUGAACCUAGUUCCCUUUCGGAUGAAGCACUUUCUCUGAUCAAAUGCUUAUUAUGCAGAAAUCCAAAACGAAGAAUCACAGCAGAGGGUGUACUGAAGCAUGCUUGGUUAACAGGUAAUCCCAAGCGAAUGUACAAAAAAAAGAGGCACACAUUCAACAGUAUACAUCACUCGUUCAUCAUCAACAACAACAAUCCCACUUACUGCACUGUAUCUCCAUCACCCACAAACACGUUGCCUUCGCCUAUUAUCUCAGUGGGCGACGAUGAGUUGGCCUCUUACAGCAAUACACCGGAUAAUAGCAAUCAAAGAGCUUCCAAAGCAACCCGAUUUCUGUUGCAUGCACUCAACAAAAAGUCCCAGGUGGCACCAUCAAGAGAAAAACCAAGAGAUUCUCAUAGCAAAAGGGCAAACAAAACCUUUCUGGUCACCGCUGAGCGUAUCAAACGAUUCUUUUCAUCCACAUUUGUUCAAAGAAGAUUAACAACUACCUAA